AUGCCUGCAACCGAAUGUGAAAAGGCUCUGCAUCAAAGCAAAACGGAUCUUCUCCGACAGUUUCGCCUUGGAGUAGAGUAUGCCUUAUUGAAGGCGGGCUUCAUGCAUUCGUCGAAUCUUAGAGUUCUGCAAGCCCUCGUGAUCUACCUGACCUUUGUGAGAAAAAGCGAUGAUGCGCCAGACAUACAAUCUCUUACGAGUCUGGCUGUUGGAAAUGCCAUGAGGAUCGGCCUUCACUGCGAUGAAGCAGGGUCCCAGUGCUCUCCAUUCCAAGUGGAAAUGCGACGCCGUCUGUGGUGGCAAGUAUACGUGCUCGAUGCCCGUAAUGCUAUGGAAUGCGGAGCCGAACCUGCCAUUCUCGAACAGACGUUCAACACCAAAAAGCCCCGAAAUAUCAACGACGUUGCGUUACAUCCACAUAUCGAUACAACUCCUGCGGACGAUGAUAAAAAGACCGAAAUGACCAUUAUUCUUCUUCGGAUCCUGGGGACUGAUUUAACUCGCAGAACUGUUUUCUCCGAGAGCUUCAACAGAGCUAACGGCUACCCCUCCUUGUCUGUGGAAGAACAAUGCCAAAAGCUGGACGAGUUAUGCGAUUGUGCAGAGAUGAAAAUACUUACACGCCAUUCCUCACAGAUUCCUCUCGAUUUUAUAGCCUCCGCCACGGCGCGGCUCAUUCAUGCCAAGCUCAAAGUCAUGGUUUGCAAGCCGCAGCCAUCCCAGGGCAGGGGAAAUCCCUUCAGGGAGAACUACCUUGUUCUCUGUCUCGAUGUUCUCCGAGAGUCUCAUGCAGUGCGAUGCUACAAGCCUGGCCGACCAUGGUCUUGGCUGUUCGAGACCUGUGUUGAAUGGGAUGCUCUGGCCUACGUUCUUCUCGACCUUUGUGUUACACCUUCUAGCGAUAGCUCACAAGCUGCCUGGACUCUUGUAAGCGAGAUCUUUGAGGAAUGGAAAGGAGAUCCUAACUUGGUUGGUGAUCGUCGAUGGCAGCACAUAGAAGCUCUCUGGCUAGAGGCAGUCUCGGCAAGAAGGGCUAUCGGGGCACGAAUGAUACUGACCGACAAUGAGUUAAACACAAGUUGUCAAACACAAAGUAUUGCUUCUCCUGAAGAAGCGAUGAGUCUCAUAAGCCAGGAAGAGUCUCAAUCCAAUUGCUUAAAGCCACGGGCCAUCUCCAGCAUGGAGCCCGCAAAUCUCGAUAACCAUUAUGUCGGUGACCUUAGCCCUUCUGAUGUUGAAGGACUGGGCACUACUUGUGAAUGGGGCGCAUCACUACUCGAGCAGUACUGGGAGAUCACAGGAUCUGGAUGA